CAAGUGGUCACGUGACUGUGGUGAGGCCACUGCUGCUUUGUGAGCACAUUGGGCAGAUUUUCUGUUUUGUACAUACGUUGUUUUGUAUAUACUGUAUAUGAUGACUUCGGUGGUCAGUGAACGUACCCGGGGUACUAGGGACAAAAUGCAAAUUUCAACCUCUCAGCCAACACAACUACAGAAACAAGUAGUACAGGCAACAGCAGAACAGAUUCGCCUUGCUCAGAUGAUCUACGAUAAGAAUGACACAGAUUUUGAAGAUAAAGUGAAACAACUUAUGGAAGUGACGGGGAAAAACCAGGAUGAGUGCAUAGUGGCACUACAUGAUUGUAAUGGGGACAUGAACAGAGCAAUUAACAUAUUGCUGGAAGGAAGUUCAGACACGACUUCUUGGGAGACUGUAGGGGGAAAGAAGAAAAACCUUGGAAAAGAAGGUUUGGAAAACAAAGAGAACAGAGAGAAACGAGGGGACAGAGAAAUGAGCCGUGGAUGGGGAAGUUCCAACAGACGGGGAAGAGGAGGCAGCCGUGGCCGAGAGUUCAGAGCUGAAGAGAAUGGAGUGGACAACAGUCAAGGAGACAGGCCUUCAGACCGUGGGAAACGUAGCCAUGGGAGAGGGUUUGGACGUGGCAGAGGGAGAGGAGCAGGGAGGUUUUCAACCCAAGGCAUGGGGACAUUUAACCCUGCAGACUAUAUGGAGUCUUCUGCCACUGAUGGCUUUGGGACAAAAUCAGAGAUUUGGGAGACUGGUCAGAAUGAUGCAGAUGAUGGAACUGGAGCAUGGAAAAACUCAGUAGAAGAAUGGACUGUAGAAGAUUGGAAUGAAGAUCUUUCUGAAACAAAAGUCUUCACUGCUUCCUCUGUUCCAGCUGAGAAUCAUGUGACUCCUAGGCAAAGCACUGAUUUGGUAACACUGCUUCAAAAGCCCGAAAAGCCUGUGACCCUUACCCAAGAGACAGAAGGCAACUCGUUUGAGGCUCCCCAGCAACAAACCUUUGGCCAAGCCCUAGUUUUCACAAAUUCUCAGCACAGCACCCAGAUGGCAUCAGGAACUGGCAGCUCCAGUGCUGUAAACUCUUAUUCUCCUCAAAGUCUGUCUGCAGUUCUUUGUCCUGGCUUUCGAGAACAUGGCUCUCCUAAACUGACAAACUCUACUGGAUCCCAAAUCUUGGACCAGUUGAAAUCUCCAGGUUUGGGUCAGUUUACCUCUCAACAAAACAAUAAUAGUUCUACUACCACUACCACAUCAUCCUGGGAUCAAAAACCGCCCAUUACCCAGGCUUCAGUCCUUAGUCAGUUUGGUAAGUGCUUUGAUAUAGCUUUCUCUCUGUUAGCCUAUAAGAUGUCUUAAUGCCAAUAGCAGUUUAAAAUUGCCUUAAAUGAAAAACUUUUGUAAAAUACCAUAAUCCUAAUAAUAUAAUUGGUUACAGCAUUGUGCUACACUUAGUUGCUGGUAAUAGACAUUAUAAGUAUAUCACAAACUAAGUUUUGAGAGGCUUAAGUAUAUCUAUAAAUGUCAUUGAAUCUUAUGAGGUUUCUGAGCUUUCAUGUAAUGACAUCUUUGAUUUAAUAUGCUUGAAUAUUUAAAUGCAAUUUUGUUGUGACUGUGUCGUGGUUUAACCCCAGCCAGCAACCAAGCCCUAUGCAGCUGCUCACUCCCUUUCCCACCAGUGGGACUGGAAAGACAAUGGGAAGGGUAAAAGUGAGAAAACUCGUGGGUUGAGAUAAAGACAGUUUAAUAAGGAAAGCAAAAGCCACACACUCAAGCAAAGCAAACUAAGGAAUUUGUUCACCCCUUCCCAUGGGCAGGCAGGUGUUCAGCCAUCUCCAGGAAAUCAGGGCUCCAUCAUGUGUAAUGGUGACUUGUGAAGACAAAUGCCAUCACUCCAAACGUCUUCCCCCUUCUCCUUCUUCCCCCAUCUUAUAUACUGAGCAUGAUGUCUCAUGGUCUGGAAUAUCCCUUGGGUCAGUUUGAGUCACCUGUCCCAACUGUCUCCUCCCAACCUCCCACACACCACCAGCCUCCUCCCCAGCAUGGCCGUACAAUGAGCAGAAAAUGCCUUGACUCUGUAUAAGCUCAGCAAUAAGAAAACCACCUCUAUAUUAUCAACCUUGUGUUCAGCACAAAUCCAAAGCAUAGCCCCAUACCAGCCACUGGGAAGAAAAUUAACUCUACCCCAGCCAAAACCAGUACACUUUGUUUCUCAACAAAUCCCAGAAAAUACCUAUUUUCAGUGUGCCUAUGCUGCUUCUAGGUUGUACCAUAUUUUGUCUUUUCCCCCAAUUUCUUCUCUUCUUAUCACUGAAUGAAUUUUGAAUGAGUACUACAUAAUUUCUUCGUAAUUUGCAUUACAUCUCAGCAUUCCUUCCCAGUGUGAAGUCUAUGUGUGCUGAAAAUUAUGCAGGUUACCAGUUUUUUCUGUUCAUAAUUGUAUGGAUUUUUCAUUUAAUUGAGUAAAAUUAGUGGAAAUGGCAAAAAUGACAAACAUUGGUUUUACAGUGUAGUUUCUAGCAAUAUUCUCACUGUGAAGGGUGAUAGCUCUUGUAUCUCUCUGCUGUGUGAGUGUAUGUUUCCAGAUAGAUAAGCAGCUAAACUGGUAGCAGUUAUAAUCUUUAACAUGCAGAAAUUCUGAAAAAAUGUUUAUGUACAUUUUAAGUUGACUUCUAAUACACUUCAACUGGAUAAAAAAACCUUCACGCUGCAAAUGCAUGCAUCUCUUACGGUUGUUGACCAGUGCUCUGAGAUACUUUCAGUGUCUGGAAAUAUGAAAGGGGAAGUCUUGGGAAAAAAACUGUAAGCAUCCAGAGUCUCUUGACUUUCAGUCAUAUUGAGAUGGUAGAUGACUUCCUAUUUCUGUUGAAAAUAUUUUCUUUUGUAGGGGCAAGGGAAUCCUAACUCAUAAUACCACUAAGUUUCAAAUCUAGACCCCCUCGGAAGUAAUCAUAUUUUAUCAUCACAAUUAAUUGCCGUAAAACAUGCAGUGUUUGACUAAAAUAGUCAAUAACAGUUUUUGGGGCCUAAUGUGUGAUAAUGUUACGUCACUAUAUGAAUAGGUUUGCUUUUAUAUUUUUUAAGAAAGUCAAGGCAAGCAGCUUGGGUGCAGGUGCAUUUUGCAGCAGACCAGGGGAUCUAUGGGAAGUGGCUGGUGAUGGUGUCCUGAACUGGGGAAACCCCAGGAGAGCAUCAAGACUGUCUUAAGUUGCAAGAUGUGGCUGGGGGCAUGUAUUCUACCAUCUGUUAGAGGUGGGGCAGUUAUCUUCUGUUAAUUGAGCCACCUGUUAAAACCAAGCGGGGCAGUUUUCUUUAUCUCUUCCAUGACCAAUCCUCCCUCCGGUGAGAUUUCUUCUGUUAAUGGGCCAU